CCCUCCGUCCAUCCUUCGACACGUGAAGAUAUCGCAGCGCUAUUACACAAUCUAGGGACGGUACCUUCCCUCCAAUCAUGUAAUGUUCCGCGGUCCAGAUACACGCCAGUUCGGCGCUCGGCACCGUCAUUCCACUGCGCGCCGCGAAGUCAAUGUGUGUCCUAGCGAAGUUGUCGACGUGCGCCCGGAUCCAGUAUGCUUCCACUCCGUACGACAGCUUCUCAUCGUGCGUGCGGUCGAGCGUCGUUCGCACCCUGAGAUACGGGAGAUAGUGCGAGCUCGAGUAAGCCAUAGAACGCUGUCUUUUGUUCUGUGUCGCCAUCCUGCUCUCCGUUCAUCUCCAUCCCCCUAUCCUCACGCUAUCUGGAUUCACUGGCAUACGACUCCGCCAUGGACAUACCCGACGAACCCUCGGGACAUGGCUCCGCUUCGCAAGACAACAGUCCAGGAAAAGAGAUAGUGGCCUCUGACCACAACGCGACGACCCCAACUGCCUCAGGUUCACCGAGUGCUGAAUCCCAGGGUAACAGCUCGCCGUUGUCGAGUGCGGCCGAUAGGAACGCUGCAGGAAUAUCACCCUCGCCGAGUGACGGUAUCAUCAGAUCUUUGGCCUGGGCCAGCGCAAGCGUGAAGUUGGACGGGAAGCCUAUCCUAACGGAAGAUUCGACGGUGACUGACAAGCCGGAGACGAAGACGAAAUCGCAGCAGGAGAUGGAAGAUGCCGUCUUUAACGUCCUCGAGAAAUUCAUGGCGCCGCGGGAGCCACGACAGGACAAAGACGCAUGGUCGAAACUGGCGGAUGAGGUCUGGACCUAUGAGAAUGUCCGCGUGAAGCGAUGGCGCAACGAGAUCAACACACUCCUCGUCUUCGCGGGUCUGUUCUCCGCCGUCCUGACAGCAUUCGUGAACCAGUACUACGCCGUUCUCGCGCCACCACCCGACUACAAUACGGCGAUUCUCGAACGCAUGCUAUCCUUGCAGCUCGGCAGCACGACUACUGAUUCUGUCGUCGCGGUCACGGCUGCCUCGGGUUCGGCGGCACUCGCGGACUCUUCGUUGACAGGCAUACCGUCACCACCCGCUGCACCUCGCUGGAUCGCUAUCCUGUGGUUCGUGUCCCUCGUUCUCAGCCUCGGUGCGGCGUCCGUCGCCCUCGCUGUUAAUCAGUGGCUGAAUUUCCACGCCGAACAAGCCGGGUUGCGAAGCCCAGCCGAGAAACUCUGGACGUGGCAGCUCCGUCGGGAUGCGCUCAACAAGUGGAAGGUCGAGUUCAUUGUCAGCCUCCUACCGUGCCUGCUGCAGGUUGCCCUCGUCCUCUUCCUCAUCGGGAUUGUAGGCUACCUACGGGUGCUCGGAACCGACAUCGCCGUGCCUAGUGCGGUGUUCAUCGCUACCCUCCUUUUCUUCCUCGCGGCUACCUCCCUACUGCCGGCACUUGUCACGUACAGUCCAUACAAAUCACCCCAAGCAUGGUGGAUAUGCCAAGCCACCAGGCGUCUGUUCUGGCUGUCCUGUGGGCUUGUCUUCUACCUCAUGACAAUCCGGCAACAAGUCUUCUUUCACUUCAAGUACGGUUAUCCACUUGGUUUCUCCAAGUGGCGGCAGGAUCUCGAGCGCCGUGUAAAAGGGCACCUCCAAGGCGUUGUAAACGGAGCCCGUCGACUCAGGCGGCAGUAUUUUGCAUUUCGUCGGCGGUAUCGGCGCUUCCGAAUGAACCCCAAUAACUGGAACAUCCGUCAAACACGUUUUCAGAGGUUGCUGGAGGUGUCCGACUGGCUGGGGCAGGAACAGCUCUGCCUGCUUGGGCCAACUGCGGAUCAGUCGGAAGGGCGUCUGUUUGCCGACAUUUAUUCUAUUGCACUCGACACAGACGUCCUCCGCGCAAUGGAGGUAUGUUUACUCCGGAUGCCUGCACAGCUGGCGAUCCACAGUGUGGUCCAAGUCGGCGAAGCAAGGUGCAAAGCCUUUUCAAGCAGAGAGCACUUAAAAUUACGAGGCUACACAUUAUCAGACGACUCCUCGCAAUACGACAGUCUGGACGAGUCUCUGACCACCCUGAUAGGCCGCAUGAUGCUAGACACAUCCUUCCGAGCGGAUGGCGGUCGUUACCAUUUUUUCGGCCUACCAUCAAACCAUCGAGUGUUGGCAGGCAUUAUCCGCGCUAUGCCUUUCGCAGAUGGAAUGGAAAUGUGUAGGUCUCUUUAUCAGGACUUGGACGCCGAGCGGUACACUGCUCAGGGCAGUGUGAAAUUUCGAAGAGCUAUUCUGGAUAUCAUACAAAGGGUCUACCUGAAUGUCGACUCCUUUACGGAGUUUCCUGAUCUUCAUGACCCAGAAGACCACCGGCGGGGCAUAACCCAGCAACUGACCCCUCAAUAUGAUUUGGAGGACCAGGACACUGGCAUAUCCAUAUCCCAGAAAGCGAGAAAGUAUGCCCAUUGUGCACGGUAUGGCGCAUUAUUAUAUAUGUGCAAUCUCCAAGAUUGGGAACGCGUCAAACAUACAUUUGACAUCAUAUAUGCAGGUGGUGACACCGCAUCCAUCAUCCAGAUUGUCACGGUCAUUCUAUGCGUAUGCCGGUACUCGAAAAGGAAUGAUUGGGCCACACCAGCAAUACAGUCGACGGAAACGGAGCUUGACGAUAUGCUCGGACGAUUUGAACGGCACUUGGCCUCCCUCAGUCGCACGGAGAUGGGCAGAGCUGUGGGACAGCUUUCUCCCGAAGCUAUAUACAGACUUGACUGGACAUUCCAGAAUACAUGCUCUAGCUCUGAACGGGGGGUUUGGACGAUUGGUUGGAUAAAUCGGCGGAGCUUCCAAGACAAGAUGAACUCCGUUUUGCGACGACUACAAUGGCUGCUCAAAUGCAAUACGUGGGUGCCACAAAGGACCGUCCCAGGCUUCUUCAUUUCGUUGGAUCAGUACGUUGGGGACCAAGUCGGAUGGAUUCCGUGCAACGAGGACGAUCCACCGGAUGCCUCCCAGCAGGCGGCUGCUACUUCGGGGCCUCCACGCGGCGAGGAUGCCCAGCAGCGCAUAUCUGGGCCAGGGACGCAUGCGCCGGAAAGACGAUUCAUCCCGCGAGUAGUCCGUAGAGCAUGGCAGGGACUGAAGUGCUCUGCAGGGCGCGAACGAGCUACGAGUGACGUCGAGUCGGGAAGCAAUGAGAUGUCAACGAUCUCACUGCCUACUAAUGUGUCCAACCCAAACGACGACACCGCUGGUGCGGGAGACCCUUCCGCUUCUAGUACAACAGUUUCCGAGGCGUUUUCUCUGCCCCCACUAGUAACUGAGCAGCGUCCGCCGAUCAACAGCGACUCUCGACCUGACGUGCACGACUCUGGGAUCACCUGCGGAUCAGUGGAGGCAGGCGCGGAUGCGGGAAGAGACGGUUGCAACGGAGGGACGAGCAGGAAUGGACCGCCGGGGCCAGACACGGACCAGGACGGAGAUUGUCAUGACGCGGAGACGAGUGCAGUCGGACCAACAGAGGCACAGGCAGGUCACGGCGAUGAUCGUAACGAAGACGCGAACGCGAACACACCCGUACGGGCAGAGGCAUGCAGGAGCCAGGACGGAGGCAACCUUGAUGAAGACGGAGACGAGAAUCGAAGUCCUGAAGGAGGCACGGACUGCGGACGACGUACGGGCACCUCAGCCUCAACCGCUUUCCGACGCAGCUGACACGACCAGGGCAGUGGACGAUUUGACGGUCGGGGGACCGCAAUGCUGAUGUGAUGGCGAGCACAGGCCUCCGAUGAACGCACCCAUUCGAAUACACGA